AUGCAAUUCAAGUCUCUCCUCGUUGCGGCUUUGGCUGCUGUCACUCAGGCUAACAUGUCCCUCCUUCUAGCCGUUGACGUCCAGGUCGUCUCCGUUGGUCAGAACCCUAUGGCCGGUAUGGUCGGCCAGCCUGCCACCAAGUACUUCCCGGACAAUAUCAAGGCUGCUCCCGGUUCCAUGGUCCAGUUCCAGUUCUGGGCUGGCAACCACACCGUCACACAGUCCGACUUUGACCACCCUUGCACGCCGAUUUCCCAGGUUAACAACUCUGUUGCCGGCAUCUGGUCCAGCUUCAUGCCCGUUGCUGCUGGCGCCGCCAAGAAGGAGAUCCCCGUCUUCACCAUCCAGAUCAACGACACCAAGCCUAUCUGGAUCUUCUGCAGCCAGGGCAAGCACUGCUCAGCCGGCAUGUCCAUGGUGAUCAACGAGAACACUUCUGCCAACUCCACUCGUUCUCUUGCCAACUACAGGACUGCUGCUUCCACUGCUCAGGGCGGCUCUUCUGGCUCUGCUCCCGGCUCUGCUCCCAGCUAUGGUUCUGGUUCUGGUUCUGGCUCUGGCUCAAGCCCAAGCCCAAGCUCCGGUUCCAGCCCUAGCCCCAGCUCUCCUGCUGGAUCUGACGCAGGCUCUGGCUCUGGCUCUACUCCCACUGACGGCGCUCCUGCUGGAGCUGCCCCUACCGACGCUCUCACACCUCCUCCCUCAGUCACCAGCGGCGCCUCUUCACCCGCUGGUACAGGCGUUCUUCCUGGCGGUGCUACCGACACUGGUAUCCCCAAGAACGCCGCCUCAUCUGUCAGCGUUUCUACCAGCUUACUGCUGGUUCUGGGCGCUGCUUUUGCCCUGCUAUAA